ACAGUUUUACUUCCCCAGCACACUUACACUUGCAACAAAGUGGUGAGCCAAACAGCUUUCUUCUCGCUCUCAAUAACCACAACAUUUUGUUCAUUUGCUCCAUACGCUGAGCAUUGUGACGUUUUGAUUAAACGGAAAAAAGAAAGAAAUGGUUAACAACAAGGGGAAGUCGAUCGCCAUCGGAAGAGAGACUUACGGCAAGCGGAAGCGAAAAGGUGCCGCCGGAGGAGUGGGAGACGACGGCGAUAACUCUCGACGGAGGCAGAGGAAGAACCCUGGAGUUCUCCAGUUCUUCGAAGACGCUGCUGGCAUGGACGACGAUGACGAUUCUGAUUCCAGUGACGACGAUGACGGCGGUUAUAACGAUGAAGAUUUUAUGCAAGAAGAAGUUGCUGCACAGCAGAAAGUAAAUAAUGAGCAGGGAAAAACUUAUAACCUUCCAUUCAUUAAGGAAGAGGAGAUGGAUGAGGUGGAAUUUGACAAAUUGAUGGAAGAACGUUACAAGGACGGUUCUAAUUUUGUCAGAUAUGCAGAAGAUGACUAUGAGACCAAAAGAUUGGUUGACAAUAAUUAUCAUAUGGCUUAUCAUAAGGAUCCUAUCGUCUGGAAGGUCAAAUGCAUGGUUGGACGUGAGAGGCACUCGGCUUUUUGUCUAAUGCAGAAGUUUGUCGAUUUGCAAUCAUUCGGCACCAAAUUGCAAAUAAUAUCUGCAUUUUCCAUUGAUCACGUUAAGGGUUUUAUUUUCAUUGAAGCUGACAAACAAUCUGAUGUAAAUGAGGCGUGUAAAGGACUUUCUGGUAUAUAUAUUUCAAGAGUGGCUCCAGUUCCACAUAAUGAAGUUUCACAUCUGUUCUCUACCCGCAUUAAAUCUAAUGAAGUUUCUGCGGGCACAUGGGCUUAUGUGAAGAGUGGAAAAUAUAAGGGGGAUUUGGCGCAGGUUGUGGCUGUGAACAAUGCACGGAAAAGAGCAACUGUGAAGCUAAUCCCAAGAAUUGAUUUGCAAGCAUUGGCGGCAAAAUUUGGUGGGGGAGUUAGUCUAAAGAAAAAUGCCACGGCAGCACCAAGAUUGAUCAGUUCAAAUGAACUUGAUGAGUUUCGGCCACUCAUUCAAUAUAGACGUGACCGUGAAACCGGCCAAGCUUUCGAGAUUCUAGAUGGGAUGAUGCUUAAGGAUGGAUAUUUAUACAAAAGAGUGUCAAUUGACUCAUUAAAUUGCUGGGGUGUUGUGCCUUCAGAUGAGGAACUCCUGAAGUUUAUGCCACCUGAUAGAAAUGAAUCUGCUGAUUUGGAGUGGCUUUCACAGAUUUAUGGUGAACAAAAGAAAAAGCGGACUGUAAUAAUGGACAAAGGGGGUGGUAAAGGAGAUUGCUCAUCGGGAUCAAGCCUUGGGAACAGUUUUGAACUCUAUGAAUUAGUAUGCUUUGGGCGCAAAGACUUUGGUCUUAUUGUAAACAUGGAGAAAGACGAUCACUACAAGAUUCUGAAGGAAGGUCCAGAAGGACCUUCUGUAGUUCCUGUUGAACGGCGCAUGCUAAAAGCUGGACCCGUGGAUAUGAAAUUUACUUCUUUAGAUCAGCACAAUAAUAUCAUAUCUAUUAACGAUAAUGUCAGGGUUUUGGAAGGUCCAACUAAGGAUAGGCAAGGUAUUGUCAGGCAAAUCUACAGGGGGAUCAUAUUUUUAUAUGAUGAGAAUGAAACUGAAAACGGUGGUUAUUUCUGCGCCAAGUCUCAACUUUGUGAAAAAAUAAAAAUUUCUACUGAUGCAUGUGAUGGAAAGGGUGGUGGAUCUGGUGCUUCCACUUUUGAAGAACUAGAUUGUUCUCCCAAAUCUCCUCCAUCUUCUAAGAAACCGUGGGAAGCAAAGGAAUUCAAUGUAAAACGAGAUAAAGAUGGAAUGUUUUCAGUCGGCCAAACAUUGAGAAUCCGAGUCGGUCCUUUGAAAGGGUAUCUCUGUCGUGUUAUAGCAAUACGUUAUUCAGAAAUUACUGUGAAGCUGGAUUCUCAGCAGAAGGUCCUUACAGUUAAAGGUGAGCACCUUGCUGAGGUUCGUGGAAAGAGCUUUGCAACUUCUACAAGUGAUGAUCCAGACUCUGGUUCAUUUAAACCAUUCGAUCUGAUGGGAGCUGAAGGUUCCUCAGGAGCAGGUUGGAUGAAUGGAGCAGGCACAUCAUCAGAGGGUGAGAGAUGGAAUGCUGAAGGUUUGUCUGGUGAAAGGAGCUCUUGGCCUAGUUUUCCUGCUUCUGGAACUAAGCUUCAAGAGGAAGACUCUGCAUGGGAGUCUAAGGCAACUGCUAACCAAAAUUCAUCUUGGGGUGCAGCAAAGGCCGAUGAGAAGAAUGAAGACUGUUGGAGCAAAGCUACUGCAAAAUGCAUUGGCUCCCACUGUGAUGCAUCUAGCAGCUGGGGUAAAUCAGUUGUACCCAGUGGAGAUCAAACCAGUUCUUUGCAUGAUUCUCAUGAUAACUGGGGUAACGCAAAAGGCCCUGCUGACCCUUGUAUUGAUACUUCAACCAAGUGGGGGAAAAACAAUGAUGCAAAUGAUAAUCAGGAUACCUGGAAAAAAUCAGACGCCUGGGACAAAGCCAAGAGCACUGAUGAAAACUCUAGCGGUUGGGGUGGUGCAACUGCUGAGAAAAACCAACCGGAUUCAUGGGGUAAAGGAAAAGAUAUGGUUGAAGAUGGAGAUUCUUCUGGUAAACAAAAUGGACGAUCUUCUUGGAGUAAACAAGUUGAUAAACAGCUCAGCAAACCUGAUGGAGGAUCUUCAUGGGGCAAUGAAGAUGGAGGAUGUACAUGGAAUAAAGAAGAUCAGCAGCCCAACAAACAGGAUGGAGGAUCAUCUUGCUGGGGCAAGCAAGAGGGGGGAUCUUCUUUGGGCAAGCAAGAUGGAGGAUCAGCAUGGGGCAAACAAGAUGGAGGAUCAUCAUGGGGCAAACAGGCUGGAGGAUCUUCCUGGGUCAAUCGGGAUAGAGAAUCUUCAUGGGGCAAACAAGACGGAGGAUCUUCUUGGGGCAAGCAAGACGGAGGAUCAUCUUUGGGCAAGCAAGACGGAGGAUCAUCAUGGGGCAAACAAGAUGGAGGAUCAUCAUGGGGCAAACAGGCUGGAGGAUCUUCAUGCGGCAAGCAAGAUGGAGGAUCUUCGUGGGGCAAGCAAGAGGGAGGAUCUUCAUUGGGCAAGAAAGAGGGAGGAUCUUCUCGGGGCAAGCAAGAGGAAGGAUCUUCAUGGGGCAAACAAGAUGGAGGAUCUUCUUUGGGCAAACAAGAUGGAGGAUCUUGGGGCAAGCAAGACGGAGGAUCUACUUGGGGCAAGCAAGACGGAGGAUCUACUUGGGGCAAACAAGAUGGAGAAUCUUCAUGGGGCAAACAAGAUGGAGGAUCUUCUUCGGCCAAACAAGAUGGAGGAUCAUCAUGGGGCAAACAGGCUGGAGGAUCUUCCUGGGGUAAGCAAGAGGGAGGAUCUUCAUUGAGCAAGCAAGAUGGAGGAUCUUCAUGGGGCAAGCAAGAGGGAGGAUCUUCAUUGGGCAAGCAAGAUGGAGGAUCUUCAUGGGGCAUACAAGAUGGAGGAUCAUCAUGGGGCAAGCAGGCUGGAGGAUGUUCCUGGGGCAAUCAAGAUGGAGGAUCUUCUCGGGGCAAGCAAGAUGGAGGAUCUUCUUGGGGCAAACAAGAUGGAGGGUCUUCUUGGGGCAAGCAAGAUGGAGGAUCUUCACGGGGCAAGCAAGAGGAUCGAAGACAAAGCUGGGAGAAGCCACAGGCAUUUGAGGGAGGUUCUGGAUCAGGUGGGAGAUGGAAUAAAGAAUCUUCUGCUGACAAAGUGAAUGAUCAAAGAGAUGGUUGGAAUAAUAGAAAAACUUCAGAUGGUUCCAUAACUGGAUGGGGUCAAAGUGCUGGUUUCAAAGAUGUGAACGAUUCUAGUAGAGACCAAGGUUCUAUGUGGAGCAAGAAUAGCAAUUUGAACUCUGGAUCUAGUGAUGCUGUUGUAAAUCAGGAUUCUAAUUGGGGCAAGAAAUGGAACUCAGGUUCUGGUGAUGCCAACCAGGAUUCAACUGGGGAUAAGAAGGGCAGCUGGAGCUCUGGUGGUAAUGCAAACCAAGAUUCCAGUUGGGGCCAAAAAGGUAAGUGGAACUCUGAAUCUGGUGAUGCAAACCAAGAUUCCAACUGGGGCAAAAAGGGCAGCUGGAGUUCUGGACCCAGCGAUGCAAACCAAGAGACUAGUUGGGGUCAAAAACGUAAUUGGAGCUCAGGAUCUGGUGAUGCUAAUCAGGGUUCUAAUUGGGGUAAGAAAAGUGAGUGGAACUCUGGAAACGAAGAUCAAACAGAUACUUUUGAUAAUAGAACAAGUGGUGAUAGAGGAGGUAGAGGCAGAUAUGGUAGAGGAGGUUUUGGAGGUCGAGGCAGAUCUGACAGAGGUGGCUUUGGAGGUAGGGGUGACAGAGGUGGCUUUGGAGGUAGGGGUGACAGCGGAGGAUUUGGUGGUAGGGGCCAUAGAGGUGGCUUUAGUGGAAGGGAUGGAUCUGAUAGAGGAGGCUUUGGUCAUAGAGGCCGUGGAAGAAGGGAUCAAGGUGGUAGUUGGAACAACAAUGAUUCUGGAAGUUGGAACCAAGGUGGUGAUAAGGGCCAGUGGAAGGGUUGGAAUUCAGGAAAUGGUGGUGGAAGUGGUAGUCAAGCUGGUGGAUGGAGCAGCCAGGAAUUUUCAGGUGGUCGGAACAAAGGAGAUACAACUAACGAAACUGGUGGUAGUCAAUGGUCUAGUUGGAAGGAUUCUAACCCUUCAAAAGAAGUAAAAAGUGCGGAUGAUCAAGGCAGUGCUGGGUGGAACAAGGGAUCCGGUGGAAAUGCUCAAGCUGGGAGCUGGAGUAACCAAGGUUCAGGUUGGAACAGCGGAACAGGAUCAGGCAGAAACGAUAAGCCGCCCAAGUCCUGGAAUCAAUCAAAUGAUGGAGAUGGUGGUGGUCAAUCAUCCGGUUGGGGUCAGUGGAAAGAUAAAGGAGAAGCAAGUGGUGGAGGUUGGGGGGCAGGAAGCUCUUGGUCGAAAGAUUAACACAAUGUGGGUUAAGCUUCUGAUGGCUGUAUGUUCAGGUUUGCGUUUCUUCUCUUUUAUGCACAGGUAGGGGUCUAGCACAAUAUCUUACUAUGGAACCCAAUAUUCAAAUUGCCUGUGACAUUUUGCAACUCCUUCUCAUGUAUAGCUCCAGGCUUAACAUGACGGACGUGAUGUUUAUUUCUCUUAUAUUUAGAAUGGAAACGUUUCCUCAA